AAAGAGUUCUUCUGGAGAUCACUUCUGCUGGUGUUUUGUGAGUGAGCCCAGGAUAGGGGUAGCGACUGGGCACUCUAACCAUCCUAGCGUUACCUGAUAACCAACAACCUACGCUGCUCUUUUUGUGCACGCUUCUGCUCUCUCAGGGCUCGGCCGUGCAGCGAGCGCACACGCAGCCGCACCACGGAGCGUCCCGCGGGGCUGCCUCAGCCCUUCCCCGGCCGUGGGACCGCCCCGACGGGGCGCAGCAGGCGGUGCGGGGCGGGUGCUGCCCUGGUGCGCACCGCGCCCUUUCCAGGAAGCGCUCAGCGCUGAGGACGGCGGCGGAUGGUUCCCGGCAGCUGGCUCUCGGCUCGGAGCUGCGGCGGGCAGGUAUGCGCCAUGCUGGGGCUGCUGCUGCUCUGCCAGCUCCAGCUGACCGCGUCGAGGUUUCUUCACCGCGUACAGAGGCUGAGCAGCCCGGAGCAGCCCGACGCCACGCAUGUGUUCACAUCAGCAAAGGAGGCCAAUUUAUUCAUUGGACGACAUCUUCUGAACAACAGAUUUGAUUUUGAAGCAUUCACGCCUGAUAACCUGGAAAGAGAAUGUAUGGAAGAGCUGUGCAGCUACGAGGAGGCCAGAGAAGUUUUUGAAGACACUGAUAGAACGACACAGUUUUGGAACGACUAUUCAACUAAAGGCCCUAGAAUAAAAACAGGUGAUGAAACACUACAAAAAAUAAAUGUUACAGGACUUCUAAUCGGUCCGAUUGCUGCUGGAGGAAUGUUAGCCAUAAUUGGACUACUUAUCUUCUACUGCUGCAAAGAUAGAUGUAAAUCAAGGCAACCACCAGGGCAUUUGGAUCAUGGAAGAAGCAGAAGACGUAGUUCGACUUCCAUCUUCAGAAGGCACGAAGAACUUUCUUUAAAUCCACUUCCUCCCAGACCUGAUGAUUCAGGACUACCAACUUAUGAGCAAGCAAUUACUUCAGGCGGGCAACAUGACGCACCUCCGCCCCCCUACCCAGGGCCCCCAAAAUGGGUACGGGCAUUUAGGAAGUCUAUGUCGCUUCCUGCCCCUUAGCUACAAACCUCCUCCUGAAGGGAGGAGGGAUCAUUCAGGUAUAACAAACUUUUAAAAAGUUCACUACCUUGCAUAUUGCAAGAUGGUUUACAGAAAUGUGAAAGAUUGUUAGCACAGCUAGGAGCAAAUCAAGAUCCCCUCGGGAGAGUGAACUGUUGCAAAAGCUGCAGAACCAUUCUUUGCACAAGGGUGUUUCUUUAAGAAGAGAGAAUGUAUAAAGAGUAAGUCUUGUACUGCCCCUCUUCCACACGCACUUUGAGCCAUGCCAUCAUAUUAUUGAUGUUUUAUUAAUAGUUUUAUCUUGUUUCUUUAGAAGGAACAUUAUUUUAAUUGGUUUUAUUGACAGUAACCAUUUUUUGGUGACUUAAUACUUUCAGUCAUCAUCAUAAGUCUGCUGUGUUGUUUGACAUUGCUGCUGUGUGGAUUUUCUAUUCAUUCUAGUAAUAGAUUUGAGUAUGAAAAUCAUGCGAUGAGUUUAUCUUGCAAGUGUGAAUAUAUUUCUGCUUCUGGAUUACAGUGGUUCGUUUUAGACUUUGCUGGUAAACAUUACUUAAUUUGAUGUAUUUUUGUGAUUAUUAUUUUGGAUUAAAAAGAGUAAUUAGUUGCAUGGCACAUUGCACACUCAACAAAAAUGUAUGUUAAUCAAAA